AGACCAUUGCGGGGUUCAAAAGCCUCAAGCUAAGAAAUGUUGCUAAAGCUCGAUGAGUGGACAAGAGAUGCUCCAGGGACGUAUAAAAAGAUGUCCGCAUGUCAAUCCCGCCAAUUCCGCUGGCGUUGAUGCGUGAUUUGCCCCUAGCCCACAUCAUGGAGGCAAGAGGGCAAGAGGAAGAGCAAUUCCGAGAAACGGGGGUAUAUUAGCAUAGAACACGCCACAAUGAGGAAAUAAUUAUUCUAAACCUGACAUCCAUUUCCAGCUGUUGGUCACAAAGAUGAAGUUCAGUCCCGCCCCUGGACAAACCGUCGUCACAACUCCGAACGCAGCUUUCUAUCAAGUCUAUGUCACCAUUAGAGCGGAAAUUCAAAAUGAUAUUAUCUUUGCUGCCGAAGACCUUCAAACCAAAGAGUCAUAUUCCUUUAGAUCUGCUGUAAGGCCGGCGGUGGGUAAUUGGGGAGGUGUAUCUCUUACUACCCUUCACGUCUCGAUACCAAUCACAUCAUCUUCACGAAAGCUCGAGUACACCACAAUACAAGAUGGAAAAAAAGAAUACCAUGGUUCUAUUUCCAUACACUCCCAGACUCAGGAAAGCCAAGUUUCGUGCCCUUUCAAAACUGAAGUCCGACUAUCCGAGGUGGAAGUUGAGUCAUCGAGCUGGCUGCCAUGGUUAGAUCUUGAUGAAUGGGAAGGCUGGCUUUGGAUUCGGUCAAGGCCUACAUGGGUUGAGCCACAAUUCAUGCGCCUUUCUCAACUGCCUUCCAACUAUCAGACACAGGCUCUGUUACUAAGGAAGAUAGACUGCAAUUCAACCGUACUCUUUAUUGUCCCAGUUUCUUCUGAUGGCGUCUUACUGCACAUCUCUGCUGCACGGCAAGGAGAGCAACCUGGGGCAUAUAUUAGGGCUCGACGAGCGAAUGGCGAUACCUGCAGGGCUUCUGGAGAAGUGAUUUCUUACCUGAGUACGACUGGAGAUACAUCUCUAGCAAUAAAAGAGGUGAUGGGAGCUGCAGUCAAAAAGAUCGACACGACAGAGAAUAAUAACAGCCCCUUUGAUGCCCUUGGGUUCUGCACAUGGUCAUCACUUGGAGAAUUUGUGCUUCCGACAAAACAGAACAUGAAAGACCUAGUCGCAUCAAUAGCAGACGACAAACUUCCGAUCGGCACCUUCAUUAUCGAUGAUGGCUGGCAAGAUAUUCGACACAAUGGAAGCGAUGGUCCGGAUAAUCAAGGACUUUGGGGCUUCGGUGCCUACGAGGGCCUGGGAGGUUCUUUAAAAGAAACAGUUUGUCACAUCAAAAAGAAACUACCGACCGUAAAGGAUGUUGGCGUAUGGAUGUCCAUACAAGGAUACUGGAACGGCACAGUACCGUCGUCUCCAUUAGUACCAAAGUAUGAUAUGAGCCCUUACAGAAUAAGCGCCUCCCGAGUCCCAAAGAUCCAGAAUGGUUCAAGUGCUGCCGUCGCUCAGAUAGUCGCCCAACGCUAUAGCCCCAAUCGAGAAUGGUAUCUCCCACAUCCCUCACGAGCGUUCGACUUCUGGAAGGACUAUUUCAGAACCUGCGCCACAGCCGGCAUUACAUUCGUAAAGGUCGACAACCAAGCUUCGAUUUCCCUUCUCGAAGGACGACAUGGUGCAGAAGCGGCGCACGCCAUGUGGAACGGCAUGUUCGCAGCAGCAAAUGAAGUCUUUGGUCCCGGGAAAGUCAUCCAUUGCAUGUCUCACUCUGAGCGCAUGUUCGUUGGGGACAUAGCAACCGGACUCGCCACUCAAGGCCAACGCAUCAUGUUCCGCAACACGAAUGACUUUGGUCUACCUACGUACACACAUGCGCAACACAUUUUGUACAACGUCUACAACUCUCUUGUCCUCUCAAAUACGUGUCUCAUACUUGAUGCAGACAUGUUCAUGACAGGCAAGCAGUGGCCCGAGUAUCAUGCUGUAUUGCGGGCAUUCUUCCCCGGUCCCAUCAUCCUCUCCGACCACCUAGGAAAGCAUAACCUCGAAGUCAUCAAUAGACUGGUCGGUGUGUCCAAGUCGGGCGCAAUGAAGACCAUUCGAGCGAAGCAUCCUCUUCGUCCUCUUGCCAAUCGACUGUGGGAGACCGGCAAAAACGCGGAAUGUGAGACCCGCCCCACGAUAAAAGCAUCAACUUGCUUUCCGCUUCUGCACUCCGCUGUGAUCGUAGCCUGGAGCCAUGGCUGUAUUAAGGACUGUAGUCUUGAUAUAAUUUCCGAGACAGAUAUCAGACAGGCGCUUGAGCUAUCACCCAAGAGUGGGGGCGAAUAUAUGGUGUGGUUUGCCAACGCACGCCAAUGUGUCCCAGUCUCUCUAUCCUGCGACAUUAACGACAGUAAUAAGUCGAAAGAGAGUUUUGAGUCUAGUCUUGUUGCAACAUUAGCCCUCCAACCUGAGGCCCAUGAGGUUCUUCGAAUUGUUCCUAAUCACACAUUGUCAAAAAACGGCCCGAAGAUCGCAUUUCUAAGCUUGCUUGAUAAAUAUUCUGGCCUAGCUGCUGCGGAACACGUUAUUUAUGGAGAGGGGAGGUUGACGGUGGACAUACUAUACGAAGGUGUUGUGGCGUUUGUAGUCAGUUCGGCUGGAUUAAAGGUCAAUGUUGAUGGACGCGAGGUUGAAGCGAGGCGUACAGAACUUUCAGAGGCAUGCUGGCUUAUUGAAGUUGAGUUAAAGAGAGGUGGAAAUGAUGCUGAUGCGGGUGAUUCUUGGAAGGUAGAGAUUCUGGCUUGAUGGUGUUUGUAAUUCUAGAAUUUCGAUCUCUUAUUUUAGAG